UGGACGGCCACAGGUACUCCUCGAAGGUUUCCUAGUCGGUGUAUGACUGUUCGAGGCCAGUGCUAGUUUAUAUCGUACCUUAUCAAUUCCACAGCGGACAUAUUCUGCAUAUCGAUUCUUUUUGACGAGUAUGAGUUUCUGGCUGUAUUCCUUGACCGUCUGUCGGAAUGGUAGCUGUCAAUAAUGCCCGUGGCGGCCCUAAAGAGGCUGUGGAUGAAACCACGCCUCUGCGUAUCUCGAAAAAUGAUGAUAAUAAAGUACAGAGACAAUCGUCAUAUCAAUCCAUCCAGCAGUCGUCGAGUUUAUCUAGUUCAUUUACUUCGGAGAGCUCGGAAUCAAGUCGCAGCGAUGCAGAAAGCGCAUUAUUGCCUCGACCGGACAGUGCAGAUAACGGAAAGACGCUCACGAAUAUCAUAAGUGUCACUUUAGUCCUUCUUUUGGGGGAAUUCAUCGCCAAUGCAGAUACUACGCUUCUAUAUGCCUCGGCGGGCAAGAUAUCGUCUGAAUUUGGCAGCCUUCAAGAUGCAAACUGGCUCUCCACGGCAUAUGGAAUGGGCGUAUUUGUGGCUCAACCGAUGUACGGAAAGCUGUGCGAUAUAUACGGGCGAAAAGCUCUUCUUCUAUUCGCCUAUUCCUUUUUCGCGGUCGGAUGUAUUGUGAGUGCUGGAGGAUAUAGCAUGUGGCACAUCAUCCUUGGGAGAGCCAUCAGCGGCAUAGGAGGAGCAGGGACACUCACUGUCGCUUCUGUCAUCAUCACAGAUCUCGUCCCGAAAAGAGAUAUCGCAGCAUGGAGGUCCUACAUCAACAUCGCAAUGACUCUCGGCCGCAGUCUCGGAGGACCAACAGGUGGUUGGCUAGCAGACACGAUCGGAUGGCGAUGGAUGUUCCUCAUUCAAGCCAUCCUGUUCUGUCUCGCUGCACUUCUCGUCGCAGCCAAGCUUCGCAUCGAGACACCGCAUCACGACAACCAAGCAGAAACCGACCCAAACUCAUCCUCACGAUCAAAGCUGCGCAGAAUUGACUUCCUCGGAAUCUCAUGUCUCACAAUAUCCAUCUCUGCCGGUAUUCUCCUGCUCGAUCUCGGCGGUCAGAAGUUCCCCUGGCUAUCGAUCUACACCAUCAUCCUAUCCUUAUCCACAAUCAUCUUCUUCCUCGCCUUCAUCUUCGUCGAAGCCUACGUUGCUCGAGAACCCAUCUUCUCCCUCCGCAUCAUCCGCCAACCCAACGUCGCGGCAAGUUACGUCGUGAUGGCCCUCCAGAUCAUGGCUCAAGUCAGCAUGAUGUUCUGCAUCCCGCUCUACUUCCAAGUCACCGCACACGCAUCCGCCACUAAUGCAGGAGCACAUCUCUCCCCAGCUGUAAUCGGCAACGCAAUCGGCGGCCUCAUAGCCGGUGCAAUCAUCAAACGAACAGGCAGGUACAAACUCCUCAUCGUGAGCGCAGGUCUAAUCGCAUCCGUGACCUACACGCUUCUUUUCUUCCGCUGGAACGGACACACGAACGUCUGGGAAUCACUAUAUAUCGUCCCUGGAGGGUUCGGAACUGGAAUCGCAGGCGCGGGAGUGUUCGUGAGUAUGACAUCUAUGCUGGAAGCGAAGGAUGUGGCUAUGGCGACGAGCGGGUUCUUCUUCUUUCUCAAUCUGGGUGUCACCGGUGGUGUUACGGCGAGUAAUACGGUGCUGGGAAUCCAGUUUAAGAAGCAAUUGGAGAGGAAUCUUAGUGGGCCCGGUGCGAGGAAGAUCAUCAAACGAGCCACCUCUGAUGUUCACUAUAUAUCCAAUCUGACAGGACAUCUCAGAGAGGUUGUCAUUGCUUGUUACGUCUCUGGCUUGAAGCAUACUUAUAUCAUGUCUCUAUGCUGGUCCCUGCUCGCAUCUGCUGUGGCGCUGUUGAUUAAGGAUCAUCAGCUAUGAGUAUGAGUUAUGACCAGGCUUGUAUAUAGAUAGAUAUGUGCAUAGGAUACGAUUGACGAAGCCAUCACUAGAGAGAAUAGAAAUUUUU